GGCCGAUAGCGGCCUAUGCGAAGUUGCGAAACUAUACACGCACACGUUGGACCCCCGAAAUUAGAAGAGAGAAGGACCGGCAGUCUCCUUCAGAUCAGUCAGUUCAGCAGUUGCCGGUUGUCCAGCGAGAGAAGUAGUAGUCGGAGAAAGAGUGUGAGAGUAUCUGUGUGUAAAGUGAACCAUACAGUUCGUGCUGGUGUACGCGCGCUUCCAAAGUGAAUAAAAAAAAAAACGUUUUUAAAUAUUUACAAUAAAUAAAUUCUAAUAAAUAGCCAUGGGCUAAAACGCGUGCAAUUUUGAACAUUGUUUAUUUAUUAUUUCCGUUGAUUUUCUCAAGAGGAUAUGCCUCUAAUCUCGAACGAACUUGACAAAAACUAUUUUACUCAUUCACUACCGGACUUAAAAACAAUGGUCAUGUUAUGAUAACAUUCAAGUGACUGUUGUAUUUUUAUUUUUUGACUUUAUUUUAUUUUUUCGAACUUUUGUGCGUGAAAAAUACUAAAUGGCAAGUACUAGUGGAAUCCAGCAAACCUACCAGCAGCAGCAACAAUUCAAGUGCAAAGAAUGCGGCUUAGCGCUCAAUUCGGCAGAAUCAUUGGAAGUUCAUCGUCAAUAUCACGAAGGAAAUUUGAUGCAACAGUGGGCGGUGAAAGCUCAACAGGGUGGCGAAGAGAAAAAUAACAACAUGACGAAACAAGGUCCAGUAAUAAAGCGUGAGUUUAUUUCAAAUAAUUCCGAUAGCUCUGAUAUUCAUUCUAAAAAGAGUCCUGAUUACCACCGUAAUACCCCUGAGGCUAUUUAUGGCCACCCUCCUACACCUCAAAGUUAUCAAAGUGCUUCUUCACCAUAUCAAAACAAUGAAAAUAAUUCCGCUUUCUCACCAAAUUAUCAAAACUUUCCUAUUAUUAAGAGUGAAGGCAACUCACCUGCAUCGUCUUAUCAAUUUUCAAAUUUUCCUGACUCACAGCAACAGCAGCAACAACAACAGUUUUUUCCCUUGGACCCCAAUAACUAUCAACAACAAGACCUUCAUUCUACCAAUAAGACAAUUCAAUUGAAUAAUUUUCGUUAUCAACCUUACGGAAGACCUCCAGCUCAAUAUUAUGAACCUCCAAAACCUUCAGUCAGUCCCGCUUACCCACCACAACCAACCCCAUCACCUAGUCCAAAACAAUGUGAUAAAUGUGGUUACGUAUGCGAAUCUGCUGCCCAAUUAAUCGAGCACAAUAAUUUGACCCAUAAUGGACAACAAUUCAAUCAGAGCAAUCAUUUUAACUUUAUCGAACAUCCACAAAUUAAAGAAGAAGAUACUUCACAAAGCGAAAUCCUUGACCUUGAUUCACACAAAGUCGUCCAUCCUGAUUGGGCCGAUACAAAAGAGGGCAUCAAAAGAGUCACCAAUGGAGAUCCAACCAGCAUUCAACAUUCAGUAUCUGCCAUGUUGAAUACGUGGCCGGCUCAUGCUCAACCAGCUAAUGCCAUGUUCCAAAAUGAUCAUCAUUUGUAUAUGAACGAAACAAUGCACUCGCAUCAAAUUGAUAAUCAAAAUUUUAUGAACAAUAGUGUUUCGUCGUCUCAAAGUACUCCAGAUUUGACCCAACAACAAUAUAGGCCAUUCGAGCAUUUACCAGCAGCUACGAGUUCUGUUAUCACAAGUACCCAGGCUCCUCAACAACCCACAGUUGCUCCGCCUCCCGAACGUACUGGUAACGGUAAAGGCCCCAACUGGAAAUCUAACGAAGCUCGGAGACCGAAAACCUACAAUUGCACUGCUUGCAAUAAAUGGUUUACCAGCUCUGGCCAUUUAAAGCGGCACUACAAUACCACUUUGCAUAAAAAUGCUGUUAAAUCCAGCGGUCAGCCUGAUCCAGCUACAAUGCCUAUCAGUGCUCAUCAUCAUCCUGCCAGAGAUGCUGCAACCACCAAAGAGGACCGAAACAACUCAAAUAGUCCUCAAAAUGACUCAAAAAAUGAGGAUAGUAAUUCUCAUUACGACAAUCGACUGGGAACUAUGCCAGGAUUGUUACAGCACCCACCAAACGGCCCUUAUGAUCGGCAAACGAUGCACCAUACACCUCCGAUGAUGCAAAAUCCAGUCGGUUUUUCCAGUUUGAGCAACGGAAGUCCCCCAAACGGGGAAGCAGGCCUCUCGCCACCGGAUUCGAGGGGCCUGCUAUCGAUAACACCAGCUACAAACCACCACAGCUUCAACAUGAUUCAGCAGUCCCAUCAUAUGAUGCCUAUGGAGGCAGCUACGCACCACCAUCAGUUUCAGAUGUACCCAAACGGGUCGGCCCCCCACGUUACGCAGGCUACGGAUAUCACCACCAGCAACCUCAAUAUUAUUGGUGAACACCAACAAAUAAAUUACGUAGUCCAACAACAACCAGAUAAUCAGCCUUUGCCAAGUUUUUCUCAAAUUACUGGUAAUAGAUUUGGCGGAGGCUACGCUAACGUGGGGGGUUUGGGGUUGGUAACAACCCCUGAUUCGAUGACAGCUUAUUUUGCCGCAGACGGCUCUUUCGAAUUACUGAAUGAUGCUACGAGAGCCUUGGUAAUAAAGCAAGAGGAUGUGAGCGAUUACAAAUUGACCGUUCUAAACUCUACAGACGAAGGACUCAUUAUAACAGAACAACAGCCACAAAUGCAGCAACAACAGUUUUCGCCUACAACUAGCAAUAACAACAAUGAUGCCACAUUUGUUAACACUGAUGACACUAUCACAUACAUAUCACAAGAAGCACCGCAGCCAGUUCGAGGUCAAUUAACUAUUGCUACCACAGAAGAAGAAGGCAAAGAAAACUAUGAAGCAGGCAUUAAUAAUGCUGUAGGCAGCCCUAGCAUAUCUUCUACAAGUCAAUCCUUAGAAGAAGACCUAAGCAAAACCAAAUGUUUCGAUUGUGAUAAGGUUUUUAACAGACCUUGUUAUCUGACCCAACACAACAAGACUUGUCACAAUGGUGAUAAGCCUUACAAAUGCUCUAGAUGUGGCAAAAGGUUUUCUGAUGAAGAGACCUUCAAUGAGCAUACUAGCAAGCAUGCAGGCGAUAAGCCUCACAAAUGUGAUAUGUGCCCGAAAAUGUUUAAUCACAAAACCGAUUUGAGGCGUCAUCUGUGCUGCCACACAGGCAGAAAACCUUAUGCUUGUGACAUUUGCGGCAAAGGUUUUAUCAGGAAGGAUCAUAUGGUCAAGCAUAAGGACACUCAUACCAGGAAAAAGGAAAAACUUAGUGCAAUGAGAAGUUAAUUAUGACGUUUCUGUCGUUUUGUAUAUAUAUUUUUUUAAAUGUUAUCAGGGACUUUACUAUUAUUAUUACUGUUGUAUAUAUUUUAAUCCAAGUUUUUUUUUUAUGAGGUUUUUGCUAGCUUUUGCAAUUUGUUUUCUGUAUAUUAUUUUUUAGAUUAUUGGAGACUAGCAGAGACCAAUAUUGUUUUCCGUAGGAUAUUUGCUCAAAAAUAUUUAUUUUACUGUUUUUUUUUUUUUCAGUUGCUGUUUGGAAUUUAUUUUUUGAGUCUUGGAGCACAGUGUUUUCAUGAACUUGUGUUCUGUCAAAAAAUUGGUUCUAAUUAUUGUUUUCUCAAAAAAUAAAUUUUAUCAAUCAACAUAAAAAAAAAUAGUCUUCAUUUUACAAUACUAAAUCAACAGCAAUACCUCAAGAA